AUGUCGAGACGCGCGUUUUUAAUCACUUUGAAUUCAAUUAGAGAAGGGAGAUUUCAAUCACUUGAUCAGUGCCUGGCACGCGAAUAUCGCGUAUCCCUGAACUGGAUUUCAAAACAGGUGUCUGGCGAUUUCUGUGAGGGUGUUCGUGCUAGAUUGAUCGACAAGGAUUUCAGUCCAAAGUGGGAUCCACCGCGAUUGGAAGAAGUUACGAAGGACAUGGUUGAAUCCUUCUUUGCCCCUCUUGGUGAGUUUGAAUCGGAACUAAACUUGCCAACAUCAAUACGAGAGCCUUCAGUUUGAUCUUUGUUUCCGACUACAAUUUCUGUAAAAUUUUCAAACUACAGUUUUAGAUUUGAUAGGAAGGCAAGAAACAAUAGCUUUUUGACCCACCCAACAGACAACACCAUUAAAGAUUGAGUUUUAUUGGUCAUAAAA